CCCUUCCGACCAUCUUUGACAAGAGAAAUAAUAAUAAAUAGGUUAGAAAUAAAAUACACGAGUUACGCAUAGACAUAUGAUUUUACGUGAACGAAAUUAAUAAAUACGUUACUGAGGCAUAUUCCUAAUAAAUAAAGCACGAUGGCGUUGGCAAUGCAAAGAAAGGCUAACGUUCGUUUGCCACCCGAAAUCAACCGUAUCUUAUACAUUCGCAACUUACCUUACAAAAUAACGGGAGAAGAGAUGUACGAUAUAUUCGGCAAAUACGGCGCGAUUCGUCAAAUACGGGUGGGCAACACUCCCGAAACACGGGGAACGGCAUUUGUUGUAUAUGAAGAUAUAUUUGAUGCAAAAAAUGCUUGCGAUCAUCUUUCAGGAUUUAAUGUGUGUAAUCGUUAUCUUGUGGUUUUGUACUAUCAAGCUAGUAAAGCGUUUAAAAAGACAGAUAUUGAGAAGAAGGCGGAAGAAAUUGAAAAAAUGAAAUCAAAGUAUGGGUUAAAUUCGUAGAUGAUCAUCCAAAAGCUUUUAAACAUUAUGGUGUAGGUACAUUAUAAUUUUGUAUUAUUAAAUUUAUGAUUCCUUGAAUAAGUGUUUACAGUCUUGUAGCACCACUACCCAAAAAAUAAACACAUUAAAGGGGCAGUAUACCCAAA